AUGACCACCAGCGAAUUAGAAAAAAACUCUAUUAAACAUCCACGAACUAGUAAUUUAACCUUUAAUGAACGCAAAGCUCUUAAUGAACUUAAAAUGUUGGAUGAUGUUAUCAUAAAACCAGCAGACAAGGGUGGAAAUAUCGUUCUACUAAACUGUGACAUGUACAUUGAGAUGUGCAUGGCACAUCUGAAUGACAAAAACAACUAUAGUAUCCUUCCCUCUGAUCCCACAGAAGCGUAUAUAAAAGAACUUGAAAAUCUACUCAUGAAAGCAAUGGAACAAAAAAUUUAUGUUUUGAUGGGACUUAACAAAAAUGUGUUUCCAAUGCUCCCUAUUAUCUACUAUGAAAAGAGCAAGAUGGCCUCACAUAAAUUGUUUAAGGAAAGUGGGAACGCCAGCAUUGUGACCGAAUUCAUCUUGCUUGGACUCUCUACAGACCUCAAUGUACAAGUCUUAUUAUUCAUAGUCUUUCUGAUUAUCUACAUGGCCACACUGGCCGGUAACAUUCUUCUCAUUACAGCCGUGAAAACUGACAUACAUCUACACAGUUCAAUGUAUUUAUUUCUCGCUAAUCUCUCUUUUAUGGAUAUUUGUUAUACCUCAAUCAUCGUUCCCAGAAUGCUUAGGGAUUUUCUCACCAUGAAUAAACUUAUUUCACUCAAGGUUUGCACAGUGCAAAUUUUUUUCUAUCUUUUUCUGGGAGAAAGUGAAUGUAUCCUUUUGGCUUUUAUGGCAUACGAUCGUUAUGUUGCGAUCUGUAACCCCCUACGCUAUAACAUAGUUAUGAACAUUCCAUUCUGUACUCGGAUGAUAGCUGCUGCGUGGAUGACUGGUUGUGUUAUAUCGUUUGUUGAUGCUUUAUUUUUCUAUUGGUUGAAAUUCUGUGGUCCUAACAUCAUAGAUCACUUUUUCUGUGAGAGUACGUCUCUAAUACAUCUAGUCUGUAGUGAUACCCCUGUGUUUACUGUUGUAAUAUAUGUUGGUGAUGCAAUUCUUCUUCCCAUUCCUGUGUUCCUUGUUUUGUUUUCUUACAUUCGUAUUAUUGCUUGUAUUGUGAGAACACGUUCUGGAGGCUCAAAAUCAUUCUCCACGUGUUUUUCACAUUUGAUUGUCGUGGUCCUUUUUUAUGGAACAGCAAUGUUCACAUACAUGCGACCGAGGCAUGCGGUAACAAAUGCAACAGAUAAACUGGUUUCAGUAUUUUAUACCAUAGUCACCCCCAUGUUAAACCCUCUGAUUUAUAGCCUGAGAAAUAAAGAUGUACAAAGAGCUGUAAAAAAAAUUGGAAACUGUAUUUCUUGUAUAUAA